UUGUCCUUGUUGCUUUGUAGCCCGUUUCUUUCUUUUCCUUUAUAGCUUUCUCCACUUGUUACUGAUGUCUUCUUCUUCUUCUUCAUCAUCGUCAUCUUCUUCUUCUUCUGAAGAUGGCAAUGGCAAUGCUGCAAGAAGAGGUGGUGAUUUUGAAGGUCCAGCUUUGAUUCGUAGACGUGUUAAUAACGAAAUCUGGCCAGGGCCUUUUGUUGAAGAUCUUGUUGUCCAAGUUGCCAUUGAUGCUUCUCGUUCACUUGGCCGCCUCGCUGCAGCUGCUGCUAUUGCCAAUCUGUUUCAGGUUUGUUCCACGUGGCGAGCUGUCUCUCGUUCUGAUCCACUUUGGCACCGUCUCACAAGUGCCAUAUGGGGUCGGACCCAUCGCAUGCACGCCUCGUGGCGUGAGGAAUACAUAUACCGUCAUAGAACGGCUCAGAAUUUUCGUGCUGGGAUAUUAUUUUACGAGACCCUCCACUUCGAUCUAUCCAACGUGGACAACCCAGAUGGGCUGACAUGUCGUUGCCUAACCCUGUCUGACACUCACCUCGCUUGCGGCUUUGCUGAUGGUACCGUCCGCCUCUUCAACCUCGCCACGCGCCUUCAAGUCGGCACCUUCUACCCCCACCCCAGCGACGUUUUCGGCCGCUUCUCACGCGCGGUAUCCGGCAUUGUCAUCACGGAUCCGAGGCUCAUUUUCGCCACCUUGGAUGGCGACAUCAACGUGGCGAUUAUAGAUGGGCAGCCCCAUGCGCGCAGGGCUCACAUUGGCAAUGUUGUGGAGCACGGUGCACUGGUGGAUUUCACCGGCUGUGGGCGCUGGUGGGUGGGCCUAUACGCCGGUGUACCUGGCCGUGCUUUCCACAUAUGGGAUGGUAACACUGAAGAACUAGUCUACGUGAAUACAACGUUGACUGACCCAGAGGCCUUAGAGGGUUGGCACAUGUUUACUGAGGUGACAGAAACCUUAGGCCGAGUCAGGGUGACGAGUCGGGAAUCAGCGGUGGCAUGUACGAGAACGAGGUAUAUGGUUUUGGACUUAAGAAACCCGGAGUUUCCAUUGCACGACCAGGAGAGUAGGAGACGGCUUAUAGUUACUUCCUUGGAUACCAACAAUGAGGCAUUCAUUAUGGUGGACAGCCGUGGGUGGGCUACCGUGCGCCGGCUGGACACGUUGGAGGAGGUGUGUAGGUUUAACACACGGCAGAGGAACGUCAUGGCUUGCAUGAACUUAGGGUACGCGCUAAUGUGCACCGCGGGUGUGACAAGGGUGUGGGAGAUAGAGCAGGGCCAACACUUGUAUAAUCUGAACGAGAACAUAGGGGAUGUUAACGCGAUGGUUGCCGAUGAUAGGCACGUAGCAGCAGCUAGCAGCAACGCGAUGAUACACCUAUGGGAUUUUGGUGCACAGUAG